AUGGCGCUUAGCUGCUGGAUAGUCAUCAACAAGAUAGCUUACGAUGUGACUCAAUUUGUUGGCUCUCAUCCUGGCGGUGAGGCAGUCUUGCUUUCGUACGCGGGCCGCGACGCAACUGAUGCCUUUGUCCCACUGCAUCCUCCAGGUACCCUGAAGGAUUGCCUCAGCGCAGAGCAGAACCUUGGUCCAGUUACGGAGAACGAAGAAAGCUCGCGAGGGAAUUCCGGUGUUGUAUGCAGCGACGAAAACCUGUCCACGAAGCGUCCAUCACUUUCCGCAAUUGUCAACAUUGCAGAUUUCGAGAAGGCCGCUGAAACCAUACUUUCGAAGCAAUCCUAUGCUUCUCCAUUUUUUAUUGCUCCGGCCGGUGGUGGCAAGCUCGCAAAUAGUGAGGGCGAGGUUCUGCUUACUCGCGCUGCAGCUAGGCAUGGAAUUCUUCAGUGGGUGUGUAAUAACGCCGGCUGCACCAUGGACCAAAUGGCGGCUGCUCGGAGCGGACGUCAAACUCUGUAUUGGCAAAUUUAUGCCAAGUCAGAUCUGAAGAAGUCAGAGAGAGAACUUCGACAUGCCCUCGAGCUAGGGUAUACAGGCUUUGCACUCACGGUCGAUGCAGUUUUGCCAGGCCUCAGAGAGAGAGAUGUGCGCAAUAGCCUCGAUGACGUGGCUGCAAAACAUAACACCAGCGCUAGUAUGGAAGAAGAAGAAGAAGGAGGAGGAGGAGAGAGGGGCUCUGAGUUUUACUACGGAACUACAAUCAAGAGACCGUAG